CCCCAAGAAACAAAACGGAGGUCAGACAACAGCAGUUUGGCAGAGUGUGACUGGACAUGGCCCGUGUCGCACGCAUGCACACACAAACAUAUAGCCUGUAGCACGUUUAAAGUCUGACCGCCAAGAACAGCCGAAGUUAAGAUGGCAUUGACUGGGGCUGAAGAUAUGCCACGGCAGUUCCCAAAGAUUGCCUUGACUGAUGUGGAUGAGGAAGUUCGUCUGUUGGCGGAGAAGGUGUAUGCCUCUGCACUAAAAGAAGAAGACACAAAAGAUGCCCUGUCCAUGUACACUGUACCCGAGGACUGUCCCAUUGGCCUUCAGGAAGCCAAACAGAGGGAGCUACUCAGGGAACUGGCUGAGCAACAGUCAGAAGAAAGUGCCAAACGGAAGAAGAGUUUUAAGAUGAUUCGGUCCCAAUCUAUGUCACUGCAAAUCCCAUUAAGUACAGAAAGUGUCCGGGGUGUAGUGACCCCCCUGAUUACCCCGUCCUCCACUUGCUCAUCCAUUUCGCCAAAUUUCCCGGAGUAUCAAAGAGUCACCAUUAGCGGAGACUACUGUGCUGGGAUUACAGUUGAGGACUAUGAGCAGGCAGCUAAAAGUCUGCUAAAGGCUCUUUUCAUUCGAGAAAAAUACUCCAAACUGGCAUAUCACCGCUUCCCAUGGACUACGGCACAGUUCCUACGUAAUGCAGCGAAUGAAAGGUGGACAGAAGAGGACGAAAUCCUCCCAGAUAUUUGUCCAUGCCCUGGUGAGGGAGAGGAUCCUUACAGCAUGGAGAAUGUUCCAGAAAACCUUAAUUAUCAGAUGAAGAUGAAAGAUGGAAUUAUUUAUGUAUAUGAAAACGCUGAAGCUCUAAGCAUGAACAAACCACGCUGCCUUCCAUAUCCAGACCUGGAAACAUUUGCUAUCGACAUGAGUCAUGUGCUCGCCAUGAUUGCUGAUGGACCUACUAAGACCUACUGUCAUAGACGACUAAACUUCCUUGGGUCAAAGUUUUACCUACAUGAAAUGCUCAACGAAAUGGCCGAACUGAAAGAGCUCAAGGGCGUUCCUCAUAGAGAUUUCUACAAUGUCAGAAAGGUAGACACCCAUAUCCACGCAGCAGCAUGUAUGAACCAGAAACACCUGCUCGAUUUCAUCCAAACCACAUACAAAACUGAUGCAGAGAGAGUUGUUCUGGAGAAGGCGGGGCUUAAACUAACUCUCAAACAGGUGUUUAACAACCUGAACAUGGACCCUUAUGAUCUUACGGUAGACUCUUUAGACGUUCAUGCUGGCAGACAAACCUUUCACCGCUUUGACAAAUUCAACUCAAAGUACAAUCCUGUUGGAGCAAGCGAGCUGCGGGAAAUCUACCUGAAGGCUGACAAUUAUAUUAAUGGGGAGUAUUUUGCCCGCUUGAUCAAGGAAGUCGCACAUAAUCUGGAAGAGAGCAAGUAUCAGCAUGCAGAACCGCGAAUGUCCAUAUAUGGUCGUUCCCCUGAGGAGUGGGAAAGUCUCUCCCAUUGGUUUAUUCAGCACAAAGUGUACUCUCCAAAUAUGCGCUGGAUCAUUCAAGUGCCCCGAAUAUAUGACAUUUUCAGGUCACGCAAGUUGGUUCCUAAUUUUGCCAAGAUGCUCGAAAAUAUUUUCCUUCCUUUGUUCGAGGCCACAGUGAAUCCUCAAAAGCACAAAGAGCUCCACGUGUUUCUAAAAUAUGUGACUGGCUUUGACAGUGUGGACGAUGAAUCCAAGCACAGCGAUCACAUGUUCUCUUAUAAGAGCCCUAAACCUGAGCAAUGGACAACAGAUGACAACCCACCAUACAGCUACUACCUCUUCCACAUGUACGCCAACAUCAUGGUGCUCAACAACCUCAGGAAGGAACGUGGUCUUAGUACCUUUCAGUUUCGUCCGCACUGUGGAGAAGCUGGUUCCAUCACACACCUGGUUUCAGCUUUCCUCACCGCAGACAACAUCUCUCACGGCUUAAACCUGAAAAAGAGUCCUGUGCUGCAGUACCUGUAUUAUCUUGCCCAAGUGCCCAUUGCCAUGUCUCCUCUGAGUAACAACAGUCUGUUUCUGGAAUACUCCAAGAACCCACUGCGAGAGUUCCUGCAUAAAGGCCUGUGUGUGUCGCUCUCUACUGAUGACCCCAUGCAGUUUCACUACACCAAGGAGGCUUUAAUGGAGGAGUACGCCAUUGCAGCACAGCUCUGGAAAUUAAGCACAUGUGACGUCUGUGAAAUCGCCAGAAACAGCGUCGUGCAGAGCGGCCUUUCUCAUGAGGAGAAAAAGCACUUCCUUGGGGUCAGUUACCUGAAAGAUGGACCUGAAGGGAAUGACAUUCGGCGGACAAAUGUGGCCCAGAUCCGAAUGGCCUACAGACACGAGACCCUGUGUAACGAACUCAGCUUCCUAGUGGAUGCUGUCAAGUCAGAGGUGGUUGGGUUACAGUAGUUAGUUGUUCGGUAUUGUCUCUACUGAGCUCUUUGUGCCCACAUAUGCAUGAUUGCUAUUUUUAUAUACUGUAAGAAUGGAAGCAUAGGGACCCAAAUGCUAUGUUGUUUAUUUAUUUAGUCUUGCCCUGCUUCUCAGAUUUAUAAUUCCCUAUCAUGGCACAGACAAAUAAUUUAGUUAUUAGAAAUGAGUUAUUCUAAUAACUAUAUAGAACUAUACAGUUUAAAAAUGUCUUGACAAAUAUGUCUGUUAAACAGAACUGAGAGUAGGUAUAGUGAGUCCAGUCAUAUUGGGGUGAUAUAAAGACAAUAAGUCUCUUUUUUUUAAUUUCCUGACAUUACAAUAGGAUCCAAAUCUCUCCCAUUUUUAAGUCACCACAACAUGACGUAGAAGUGCGGUUUUCCCCUGCCCUCCGAAAUGAUUGACAGCUGCAUAUUAACAUAUCUACAUAGUAACACGUAUAAUCAUUUCAAAAAGGCAGGACGUGCGCAAAGCAAUUGGGACUAAAAGAUCUGUUCAGCUCUCUGUGAUCAUCCAUCAUCAUCAAAUGUGAUCAAGAGUGAGUUUUACAAGUUUAAAACCUUUUUAAAACAGUGCAUGUUUGUUAUGAAUUACAGCGAUUUUACCACCACAGCCGCAUGUCAGUACAAUUCUAAUAGAAGAUACUUCAAUCCUGCUUUGUGGACGUUAAAUCAGGUUUAUUUUGUACAUUAAAUAACAGAUAUCCAUACAACAGUGGAUAUAACUGUGUAUCCUGUCGUUAAACAAGCAGUGUGUGUUUGUGUCCUCUGUGUAUGUGUGUGAACUUUGUAAUGCCAUUGUAUGCAGAGGUGUGAACCUAUACUGGUCUCACGGUUCGGUUCGGUCACGAUUAUCAUGCCAUCGAUUCGGUUCAAUUCGAUAUUUCGGUGCAUCACGGUGCAAUGACGAUGCUUUCCAUACACAGUGUUGUAUUUUGGGGGGGUGGCUAACUAGCUGUCUGUAUAAACACACACACACACAGCACCACACCGUCUCUCAUUCACACACAUACACAAACAUAGACAGCACCAAACAAACACACACACACAGGCACGCGCACACACACACACACACACACACACGCCACGCAGGAGCGAUAUUGUGAGACCGCCCACUCCUGUUAAAAUUACACCAGAGUUACCGACCGCUGCCGCACUUUAUUCGGAAAUUUAUUCCCGCGCCGCAUGAAUUCUGGUCGGGUCCUGCGACAAUGCACAGGUAUAGCCGCAGGAAUGCAUACAGCCAAGAGGAAAAGAGAGGGGAGAAAAAGUCACGCCAGCAGCCGAGAGGAAAAGGUGAAAUGGGCCACAGUGAGAGAGAGAGAGAGAAAUAGAAUACCGUCAUUCCCUUAAUCGCAGAGAAAUAGGGGCUUCUGCUGUAAGUGCCAGUGAAAGACUUUCCAGAAAACACACACACAGUGACAUUUUUAAGUAGUUGGCGCCUGUAGUGUUGUAAAUACCCGCGCUCACCUCCCUCGCGACAGAGCGCAUAUGAGAUGAAUGACGUCGGUACAUAAUAACCAGUUAUUAUUAUUACUGAACCGAUACCGAAUUGUCCGCGUCUGCAUCCCGGUGCACCGAGGAAACAAUUAAUUUUGACACCCCUAAUUGUAUGUGACUCAUCGUUGCAGAAAGGCUUGAAUUAACUCCACAAAAAAAUACAUCAAAUAAUCAUAAAGUUCCUACUGUAGUACUUCUCACAAACGUUACGUGAGACCUGUUUCUUUCGUGUCUGUCACUGGGCUGUUUAUCUGACGGAGACACACUGACAGGCACGUGGGCGGUGGGUGGGGAGAACUUGCAUUAAAGGCACAGGCAACAAAAACAGCUACACUGUGUUUAAAGCAGAAAAUCGCAACAUCCCGAAAGGUGUAAUAAAUAAUCUGAUGGGUGUUUUGAGCUGAAACUUUACAGACACAUUCUGGAGACACAAAAGUCUUCUCUUCAAUCUUGAAAAAGAGGUAAAAUAGGUGCCCUUUAAUAUAUAAAAUGUAAAAUGUGACCAUGGAGCGCAAAAAACUAUCUCAUGUUGCACAGAAAUAUUUUGGUAAUAGCUAAAAUACAUAGCAUGGGUUAAAACGGUUUAUUUUUCUUUGAAGCCAAAAUUCAUUAGAUAUUUAAAGGAGACCUACAGUAUUAUGCCCCUUUUUACAAGAUGUAAUAUACGUUUCUAAUGUCCCUAGAGUGUGUAUGUGAAGUUUCAGCUUGUUAUAAACCAAAAAUAAUGACUCUUUCAAACUACGCCUUUUAGGCUUCGAUCAAAAGUGUGCUGUUUCGGUGACUGUCGCUUUAAAUUCAAAUGAAAUUGUGCUCUUUUCGAAAGAGGGCGGAGCUACAAUGGUCUAUGUGUCAGAAUAGUGGCUGCUUCUCACUCACUGCUGUCUAUGCUAAUGAGGAAGAGAUCAUUACAAAUGGGCUGGACUUUCCCCCUCUGAUGACACGUAUUAAAAGGGAGAAUGUCAAUCAAAGUGUUUCUGCAGACUGUUUUUAUCAAGUGUGGUUAUAAAAUCAUUUUUACGAUUAAAGGCUGGCUAUAUUCA